UGCUCGUGCUGUUGCACCUAUCAUUUACAAAUUAUUUAUAAAAGCUUCAUUUGUCUAUUAAUAAACCUACUCAUUACUUUUAGAACAGUUUCGACAUUACAGAGGCGCUUAAAGGUGCAGUGUUUAUACUACACCGUCGCGUAAUACGCAUCCCAAAUGCGUACGAGACACAAAUAUUUUCUCUCAACAUAACAUUGUUUUACUCGAAAAUGUGCAGCAAACAGUUGACUAUAUUGGCAAAAUACGCUCAUAAUAUUAGUGCCGCUUCAGUAUAAUACGAUAAAGACGUAGUUAUCGCCAAAUCUAUCUGUGCGUCGUCUACACACAUGUAUUGUUUGAUAAGAUUCCUAUCAAUAUUUGUGUUCGAAAUUUUCGGAUAAAAUGUGCUAAUCUAUUGUGUGAAGAGGUGAUAAUGUGGGUUAGCAUGUUGUGAAAACUUGGAUAUAUUUGAAUAACACUUGAACGUUAAUUUAUGUUGUAAUAAUAAGAGUUGUUUUUAAGUCAAUAUGCCUGGGAAAAUCAAAGUGAAGGUGCUAGCCGGGCGUAACCUGCCGGUAAUGGACCGUGCAAGUGACACCACGGAUGCCUUUGUGGAGAUCAAGUUUGGGAGUGUUACACACAAAACUGAUGUAUGUAGAAAAUCGCUAAACCCGCAUUGGAGCAGUACAGAAUGGUAUCGGUUUGAGGUGGACGAAUCAGAGCUGCAAGACGAGCCGCUGCAGCUGCGCCUGAUGGACCAUGACACGUACUCUGCCAACGACGCUAUCGGAAAGGUCGUCAUCAGUCUUGCGCCGCUGCUGGCUAGGGUAGCGAACACGAAAGGAGGAGCUGCCGCGCCGCACGGAGGAGCCAUGAUGUCAGGAUGGAUCCCGGUGUUCGACACCAUGCACGGCAUCCGCGGCGAGCUGAACGUCAUCGUCAAGGUGGAGCUGUUCUCGGACUUCAACAAGUACAAGACCUCCAGCUGCGGCGUACAGUUCUUCCACUGUCCGAUGAUACCGCCCGGUUACAAAGUCACAGCUAUACACGGGUUUGUUGAAGAGCUGGUAGUCAACGAUGACCCCGAGUACCAGUGGAUCGACAAGAUCAGAACUCCAAGGGCUUCCAACGAGGCGCGGCAGGUGGCAUUCAUCAAGCUGAGUAACCAGGUACAACGAUUGGUAGGCCUUAAGGCGGCCGAGUUGGGAGCCAACGCAGUUGUGGGAUACCAGCAAGACUUCGAUCUGGAGGGAGAAGCGGGCGUCGUCGCCAGAGCCAUCGGUACAGCAGUCAGCAUCACCGCGUCGCCAAUGCCCAACCAACCUCCCAGCGUGCCGCCUUGCUCGCAACAACAACUCAAUAAGUACUUGGACAUUUUAGCGACCGAAAACGAAAGUACGACCGAUCUGAACGAAUACUUCCAAACUCAUCAAGAAGAGCUACAGAAAUUACUGCACAUACUCAACCCGAAAACAUCGUCAAUGCUUGACGAAACUGAGAAUAUUGAAGAUGAAGAGAAUGAGAAAAGCUUCGAGUUAUCCAGACAAGCCAGCAUCAAAAGUUACACAGGAAAUUAUUCUAUUUAUCAAAAUGAAUAUGGCCCUCAUGAUAGCAUGAGGCACUUGUCCGAGGAUCAAACAGAUUUGAACAGGCUUCUGAACCGCAAUGACGAUUACAAUGAUAUGGGGCCUUUGAAAAAGAUAAAACAUUUUAAAACCAAUAUAUUUAGACUCGGCAGUAUGAAAUCACGAAAAUCUGAUCAAGCCGACGAUACAAUAUCUAUAAAGUCCAAUGUUUCCGAUACGUCAAAGAUAUCUUUAUCCGAUAUAAAAAAUGAGUUCAAAAAAUUAACAAGAUUAAAAACGCCCAAAUUGAGGAAAGCUUUUGCUAAUAAAUCAGAUGAAGGCAUUGGUAUGGCGUCGGUGCUUGCUAGAUCAGUUAUUCACGCUCAUACGAGUCUCGCACGCAUCUCUGAAACUCAAGAUUCUGACCCUUCUCCGAGCUCGACUCUAAGACGGACCAGUGAAUCCGAGCCCACUAUUAAUGUAUCCGAUGAAGAACAAGCUAACAGAGAUUCAGAAUCGUAUGAUAAUAAAUCUCUCGGUAGUGAUAAGAGGACAUUACCAGCUAUAAAGUUUUCAUCUUUGGUAAACGUCUCUACUGACGAGGAAGCAGAGCCAACCGAGGGUCGUCAGCGGAAAUUAUCUGAAUCUUGUCCGUCCACUCCGGUAGUUGCUAGAAAAAAUCUUCUUAAGCUUCCUGGAGAUGUUGGCUAUUUCGGCUCAGUUUCGUCUGCCUUGUCUGCAGAUAGCUCAGAAGCAUUCUCUAGUUCUGAAGAAGAUGACGAGAGCUCCAUUAAAACUGAUACUGAAAAAACAUAUGAAACUACAAGUUCAGUAGUAAAGUCGGUCCUUAAUAACAAAGUGAAUCCAGUUUUUAUAGCACAAAUGGAUAAAAAAUUAAGUGUGUUGGAAUGUAAUACUCCUGAUCUUCAAGAUGACGAAAAUCAGCAAGUUAUUGAAAGCGACACUAGUCCACAAGAAUCAUCUCAAGAGACUCCUGAAGCAGACAAACGUGAAGAUCGUCACAGCAAUGAUAAGAAAACAGAAAUCUUGACCUCGGGACUUAAUUUGCCAGAAGCGUCGAGCAGUGUUGAAGAAACCCACACGUUUGUAGAACCGAAAUCUCAUAGUCUCCAUUUCAAAUUUCACAACCCAUUCUCACAUAAGAAGUUAUCACAGAGCAUCAGCGCCCCAUCGUCUCCCGUAGAGAAGAAGGGCUUUGUAUAUCGUUCCUCAUCCAAGAUCAAACGCCAGAUCUCGAAAAUAUCCAAAAGCAGCAUGAUUAAAAGCCUGUCUCAUUAUUCCUUGUUGCCGAAAAGAAAACACAGCGACCCGAAACCUGCUUUGAGCCAACCCGGAUCAGCUUCUGAUGUCCCUUCUAAAGCACCCAGCGAAACCGUACUAGGAUCCGCCUUUCUGUCAUAUUCUGAUUUGCUUAGUCUUGACAAGGAAGGUAUUGAUACUAACAAUCGUCUUCAUAGAAGUGAUGAAUUCACGCAUUCAAGGGUCUCGAUGUAUAUUGGUUCUGAACCUGUUUCCAGGGCUUCUGUGAGCGGUCCAUCUUCUCCUAACCAUGGAAAAGACGAUUACCAUCCACAUGAGCACAGAACUUUCAAGAAAAGACCAAAUAUUAAUCCAAGUGGCUUGAUUGCUACUGCAAUGGAGACGAUUUUAAUUGAUAAAGUACAGAAUCUGCUAGUACCGACAUCGCCAAACCCAGCGGAACAGGACGAAAAGAAGUUCUUUGAUGACGUCAACGAAAAAUUAGAGAAAGUCGAAGAGGCCAGAAAUAGAAAGGACUUUGAAAAUGAAAAUAUAAAGUCAACUGAUACUUCAUCUAAAGAUAACGUAGAACAUGUGACAGAUACAAAGGAAAAUACACCUCAGACUAUUUCUGACGGAAAUAAAGGUGCGAGUGAUUCGAAAUCUAAGCAACAGGAUAUGUCUGCAGACAUUUCGAAUAAAACUAUCAAUCAUUCUGAUUUGGAAAAAGUUGAAUUACUCGUAGAUGACACAAACCAUAAGAAACUUGUCAGGCAGGAUAGUGUACGUUCAAACGGGUCGCAUAAAAUGUCCAACGAAACCGACUUUAACCUCGUUUCAUCCGCUCCACCCGCGCCUAUGUUGCAACACUUUCAUCCGGUCCUUAGCGGCGUGCCCAAGUUAGCGACCAUCCCCUCAUUACCAGAGACUAGUGUAGACCAAACCGAGAGUAUAGACACCGACGGUACAUGUCUAUGUAAUGAUAAGUGUGAGUGUAGCGACACUAACAAGGCUAGUGUGUGUGAUAACUCGCAUGCAGCGUGCGAUGUUGACAGGGACAGGGAGCGGGAGAGAGAGAAGAACGUUGAGAAGGGUUCGCCGAGGCACGCUCGGCACGAGUCGUACGGCAAUCGGGACGGGAUCGGGUCGGCGCAAGCGCACGCACCCAACUCGUCGCUGGAAGCUGCGUCCACGCCGCAAGGGAUUCACCGUCGGUCGUCGGAUUCUGAUCUUAGUGUUACACCAAAGGGUGGAUCACUAAACGCGUCAGUCGGCAACACGGGCAGCGGCGGCGGCGCCAUCUUGCGGCCCUCGAUGAACAGCAACAACCUCGAGAUGCUCGAGUAUCCGUUCCUUACUAUGUCGGAGUAUCCUCCAGGCUUCAUCGUUCACAUUGGCGGCACAGUUUGCGCCCGUUCAGUGAAGCUGAUGGACGGCGGUGGCGAGAGUAGCUCUCGUGCGGCGUGGUGGGCCGAGCUGCGGACUGAGCUCAGAGCUCACGCGCGCGCACUGCGCUGCAACGCCGUUAUAGCGUACACCGAGACGACAGCCAUAUGUGAGGAUGUAUGCGUGCUAUCCGCAUCUGGCACGGCCGCAGUGAUCGACCUGGAGUGCGGCUGGGAGCGCCGCGAGGAGGACUCGUGCUCGCUCGCGCACGUGCCCUACUCGCCGGGCGCCGGGCCCUACCGCGCCGAGCUCUCCGUCUGCCAGGGCUGCAGACGCGCUCGCGUUCCAGCGGUCCUCCUCGCAACGUGCGCGAAGCCGACCAGCCUGGCGGCCUACAGCGCCGCCGUGCCGCUCACGGCCGUGGCGGCCCGGGCGCGCCGCGCGCCGCCGCAGGCCGAGCCCGGCGCCCGGGACAUCUCCGACCAGCUGCCCUUCCUCGAGUACGAGCUGCACAAGCUGCUGCUGGCUAAACUGAGGAUGCAGGGUGCGAACGCCCUGUUCUCAUUGCAAACUCAAGUGGCAGUAGGCGAGCGUUGCGUCAUGGCGAUCGCGAGCGGCACGGCCGUGCGGAUCUGCGCGCUGCCGCCGCCCAUGCCGCCGAGGAUUAAGGCAACAGAAAACGACAAAGAAGCGUUAGAAAUUCAGAAGGCGUUAUGGGACGCGUUCACUGCCAAUAAGGCAGCGAAUGGAUACGACGUUGUUCUUCCUGAGAUGAGCACGAAUGUCGCCCUAACCGAAGCGGACGGUGAGCGCGGUGACGAGGUGCCAGCGCUCGACCUGUGUGCCGACAAAGACGCCUGCGUGCUCGAGCUUGACGAAGCGGAGGACGUGGAGACCGCGAAGGUGCUGGCUAAGCGGCGCCCGCACAUGCAGGUAUUCACCAACAGCUCCAAAGCGCUUCCUGGCGCGCCACCGCAGGCAUUUGCACAGGUGUGGCGAGCUCGUCUCCAGCUGUCGGGGCAGGGCGGCGCCAGCACGGCGGGCGAGCGGCACGUGGCGCGCGCGCUGGACGGCGUGGCCUACAAGCUGCGCCGGCUCAGGCCCUGCGCGCUGCUCGCGCCGAGGAUACAGCUGGAGCUGCCCGAGGAUGAGAUCCAGCUGGUCGUGUCCGGGGCCGCAAUCCGACUGGUGGACCCGAGCAAGGUGGAGCCCAGUGAGAACGGCCACCCCCCGCACCCCGCCGAGGACGACGACAUCUUCGCCCUGGACGAGGAACAGCUCGUCAAGAGCCAGGAGGAGGAGAAGACCGUCGCUCCGACGAAUGGACAAGUGCCAACGACGGUGUCCCUGACGUCGCUGUGCUACUGCUCGGGCGCGGGCACGGUGCGGCGCGUGUGCGCGCUGCGGCUACUGUUCGUGCGCGAGACCACGGCCGUGCGCGAGCUGGGCGGCCUCAGCGGCUUCCUGCACACCUUCACAUGCGAGGUGCUGGCAAUAGCUCGUGCGUACACGGCGGCUUUGGGCGGCAAUGCUCUGACGUCUUUCUAUAUCACGCAGCUGAUGCUGCAAGACAACGCGCACAAGAACCAGGGUCAAUGUCUUCUAUCUGUAGGAGGCGACGUGGUGCACAUGACGUAUUAAGGUUUUUUUUUAUUAAAUCUAUGUAGAUUUAAAAAACCAUAAGUGAUUGUUCACUUAUCGUUCUCUUCUUACUUUGUAAAAGUCCGUGAUGGCUAACUGCUAUAGAAGUUUAUUGUAUUACCACUAUAAUGUAUAAAUCAACGAAAAUAUUCAUAUUAAUUUAUUAGAGAAAUUCUUUUAUCUACUGGUUUUACUCAUAUGGAGUUAUGUCAGCUUAACGUGUAGAACUCAUCUUUAUAUCUCUUUGUUGUUUCAAAUAAUAUGGUUUUAAUUUGUUCCGACUGUUCCGAGUGUAUUUUUAUUGACCGACGCGUUAGCGAAGGUCUCCGUUUUAACUCGGGCAUUUUGCUUUCGUAUGUCCAGAUGUUGUCCUCUACGAAUCGCAAUUCUUAACCGAUUCUCGUGAAAUUUUGUGGCCAGAUUCUAUGAAGAAAUAUAUUUUUUGUCGAUCCAAUUUUUGGAUUUUUUUUCAAAAUGUAGAAAUUAGCAUAAAGGAUAUACCAUAGACGCUAAUGGCGCUUAAGACCAUUGCAAGUUCACUGUGAUAACGACUCAAAUAAGUUUUUUCACUUUUACAUUUUCUAAGCUUAACGCGAGGUCUACAGUUCACAGAGCCACUAGUUA